AUGAGCAUCACAAAGCCCUCCCCAACACAACAACCCCGUGACACCCUCCCCUCCUCCUCCCGCGCCUCCGCCUCCUCACAGCAAACAGACAUGGAACUCCCCAGCUACACCACCACCACCACCUCGCAAGCCCACCCACCUCCCCCUUCAUACGACAACAAUCCCAGAGCACCCACAACCUCGCUCUUCCCAGGCUACCGCGUCGACAAACAAGGUCCCGAACCCGCCGAACUGGAAGAAGGACAAGGAGGAGGUGGAGGACGCGACAGAGCUCCCCACGCAGCUUUCGAACCCGCUAGAGUCGCUGCUAGAGCUGCUCGGGCUCAAGUCGCCGCUGCUACUGCUAGAGCUAGUGCUGCUGCUGCUGCUGCUGCUGCUGCUGGCAAUGCCCAGGGCUCCGGUCUCGUUGCUGCUGCUAGAGAUCAACGACCGCCGCUUACUGCUGCGGAACUUAGGCGCGCUCGGUGGAAUCUGACGUAUAUCAUCAUGUCUGUUGUGAUGCUUAUUAUCAUGAUUUCUUUGACCGUUAUGGCGUCUCGGUGGGGGACGGGAGAUGUUGUUGAUGGGAGUGAUGGUAAUAAUGGUGUGUAUGAGAAUACGAGUUCUGCGGAGAAGACGAAUGAGGAGAUUACGGGGUUUACACAGAUUAUGAAUGGGGGGUGGUGGUGGUGUGUAUGA